UAGACGUCAUGACGUACACGGAAGUAUUUACGUCAAUAUGGCGGCGCCCUUGACGUCGUGUUUUUAUUUCAGUUUUCUCUUAAACAUGACCAUAUGUUAAUACAUUGCUGCUCUGCGUGGCGGACGACAGGAAAAAUUGACAGUCGAUAAUGGAGCAACGAGAGUUCAUCGCCUCCCUUGUGGCUGGAGGGUGUGCCGGAAUAUGUGUGGAUCUCACCCUUUUCCCCCUGGACACCAUUAAGACCAGAUUGCAGAGCCAGGAAGGGUUCUACAGGGCUGGGGGCUUCCGGGGUAUCUAUGCAGGGGUUCCAUCUGCUGCACUUGGCUCAUUUCCUAGUGCGGCUGCCUUUUUUGUCACCUAUGACUGUGCAAAGUCCCUCCUCGGUUCUGGUGGAGUGCUAAAAGAACCAUCAGUGGCUCCAGUCUCACACAUGCUUGCUGCCUCUUUGGGUGAAAUGGUGGCGUGUCUGAUCCGCGUGCCAACAGAGGUGGUAAAGCAGAGGACACAAACGUCUCCUUCAUCCAGCACAUACCACAUGCUUAAAGUUGCACUCAGACAAGAGGGUGUUCGAGGCUUGUACAGAGGAUUUGGGAGCACAGUUCUCAGAGAGAUUCCAUUCUCUCUAGUCCAGUUUCCACUUUGGGAGUGUUUAAAGACUCAGUGGUCACAGAGGCGAGGUCACACGCUCCACUCUUGGCAGGCUGCUGUAUGCGGAGCUUUUGCAGGUGCGGUGGCAGCACUUGUUACCACUCCUCUUGAUGUUGCAAAGACUAGGAUAAUGCUCGCAAAGGCUGGGUCAAGCACGGCGAGCGGCAACAUCCCACUGGUGCUUUGUGAUGUGUGGAAGAGUCGAGGGCUUACUGGGCUGUUUGCAGGCAGCAUACCGAGGAUGACCUUUAUCAGCAUGGGCGGUUUCAUUUUCCUGGGAGCCUACGAGAAAGCCCGCCGGACUUUGUUGUCGUGAGCACAACCUCGACGUCUACGACCGUCCGCAUCCACAAACCACAGGCGGAGCAGUGAAGAAGGAGUCUGUGGACGUAGCACCCGGCGGCUUCCGUGCUCCAAAGAACUGGUGUCGGCAAGAAGCUGGUGGAACACUCAAUCAGUGGUUUUGACAACCACUUCUUUAAACACAUUUUUACAACAAAUGUGGUGUACGAGAGAAAGUGGAUGAUAUGUUUUCUACUCUUGAGUUUUCUAGGGUAGCAAAGGGAUGGAAAAUGGAAUAUACUAUCAAAGUAAAUUCUAGCCAAGUGU